AUGAGCGACGGAUAUCUCGACGAUUACUUGCCAGUGAUCGCAAUUGACGUCGCCGUCGAAGAGAAGACGAGACUUGCCAAGAUGGCUGUUGCAACUUUGCAUAAACUCCACAACAUGAUGCAGCAGAUGAAGGAUUGGCGGGACGAUAGUGCAAAACUAAAGAGUAAUAUCUGGCGAAUGAAAAUGGCUUUGCGCGCGGAUGAAGACAAGAAUGAGAACGAUAACCAGCAGAUCGAUCCUUUGAUCGUACAUCAGAGAGCAGAGAUUAUCCGGUUGGAGCAGGCGAACGACACUCUGGAGAACGAGGUAACGAGUCUGAAAGACGCCCUGACGAAAGCCGAAGAGGAUAUCGCGCGUGUCGCCGUCUGCGAGAUAAGCGAUAAGAUCGCCAGGAUCGAAGACGCGUUCUCGAACGAGAAGGAACGUCUGAACGACGAAAUCCUGCGCCUGAGGAAGCAACUGAAGGAAGCCGAGGAAGGCAAGACGAGCAUCGUGCUCAAACUUAGAGAGAAGCUGAACGAGUUCGAGAGAGGAGAUCGAACGAUAGAAGCGGUGUUCGCGAACGCAAUUGGCAAGAUCGUCGAGACAGUCGUCGGUCUCUCGGAGGAGCUCGUAAACGUUAGCGAGAAUCUGUAUCGAUUUAAGACGAAAAAUAAAAACCUGCAUCUCAAGCUGGACAAAUUGAAGGCUAUGCUAAGAUUAAAAUGCGGUAGCAACACGGAAUAUUGCAAGAGGAUCGGCGAAUUGAACAAUCUUGCGGAACAAUUGAUGGGAGAAAUGGGCCGGUUGAAAGUUAUUCGCGAGAAUGCGAACUGCGGCGAAAGUCCAGAGGAUAUUCCUAGCGUUGUUAGACACGUGGAACGCUUGAUGAACGACUUGAGGAACAAUCUGAGGAGCGAUCGCGAGGCGAUCAUCGCCGCUGGCGAUCCAGAUUGUUUGAAAUACAUGAAGAAAGUGGUUAAUCUCAAAGUAAACUUGAAAGUGUUGUCCGUAGAACUUAGACGAUCGAACGUGCCGAUACAUAAACGAUCAUACGAGAAUGUUCGGUACAACAAGUAUUUAGAAACAGCUUCAUCAUUAAAUAAUUUCUUGAAAGAAAUCGACAUCGAAAUUUCAAAAUUAAAAAUAAAUCCAAUGGACAAGCAUUGUAGAAUCGGUGGCAUCAGUGGCUCACAAUAUAUGACGAAAAUCGUAGAACUUGAAAAUAUCGUUAAAAAAUCGUCCGCGAUAACCGCGGUCAUAAAACAAAGUCCAUUAGAAGUUAUAAACACUAAUAGAAAAAUAAUGAAGGAAUUGGAGGACUUGAUUGAUCGAUUGUGUCGCAGAAUAAAAGAUCUCGAAAUUUUCGACGAUCGCGCGAGUUUAUGCGAAAGAAUCGCACACCUUGAAACAUUAAUCAUGGAUUUGAAAUUGGAACUAAUGGAAAAAGGCAAACGUAUAAAUACGCUGAACGAUGAAUAUGUAAAUGUUAAAUUAUUAUUAGAGAAAAAUGGUAAGAAAUACGAGAGGAUCAUCGAUGACAUACGCGAUGAAAACAAAAAUCUUCGAGAAGAUAUAAAGAGAAGAAAACAAGAAAUAUUAGAGCUGUCGCAUGAACACGAACAUUUCGAGCAGCGUGUCGCGGAAAUGCAACUGAUGAAGGUCGAAAUUGAUGUGGUAAGAAAAAAAUUGCAGACCCUUCGCGAUGACAAAGAGACGCUAUUAAGGGAAACAGAAGAGAUGCGUAAUAUUCUCCAAGAGAGAGACAAGGAAAUUGAGGAUAUUAUUAUUCAACGGAAUGCGCUGAAAGGGGUCCUUGAGGCCGAGGUGGAGGAUCUGAAGAUGAAACUUGGGAUCGCUUCUGACGAAAAUGUAAAACUGAGAAGUAUAAUUGAGGGACUUGGGAAACAGGAGGAACCCGAGCGACUGGACAAAUUGAAAAGUUCCGUAGAGGAGAACGUUAGGGAGAACCGAGACAAUGGCGAAUAUUCGCGAGAGCGUGCGCGAAACCUCAGGGAUGAAUUAAAACGCUUGAAAGCAGAGUCAAAUGAGUCUGAAAUAAGCCUGAACGAGGCGAACGAGCGAAUCGGCUAUCUGAAAUGUACGCUAGUUAAAACAGUUGACGACAAAGCGAAGCUGGAGAAUGAAAUUUCUGAUCUAAAGUCCAACGAGCAAUCGUUGACGUAUCGAUUGAACGUCCAGACAAGCGCCGACAAGGAAACAUUGAAGGAAUUCGAUAAAACGAUGGCGGAGAACAAAGCGUUAGGGAGUAAAGUCAAACAGCUUGAGAACGAGAAAGAACAACUUGAGGCGGAGUUGUCGAAGUUGAAAUCCGAAAAAGGAUUACCGGAUAGGUUGAUGGCCGAUGCCAAUAACAAGUGCGCCACGUUGCAGGAUCAAGUUAACAAAUUUAAGUCCGAGCGUAACGGCCUGCGGGAGAAGAUAAGCGAGCAGGAAACUACCGUGGAGAAUUUAAAGUUCGAGUUGAAGAAGGCACGAGAGGAGCUCGAAGAUGCGGCUGCUAAAACGGCACGACUACUAUCGGAGAAUUCGAGGAUCGUUGGCGAUUUGGAUGCGCUUUCUGUCCGAGCUAUCGAGACCGAGGACCGCGUACGAGUGCUGUUGACAGAAAAGAACGAGCUGGCGACGCGUAUUAACGAGCUCGAUGAUGAGAAUGUCGCCUUGCGAGAGCGCUUGAAUAAAGCGGAAGCGGAGAAUGAAUAUUUUUCCGUGGAAUUGAAUAAAUCAAGAGUCGAAAAUGACAAAGCGAAGGCGAGGAAUGCUCUCUUGCAGGUUACUUGCAACGAGAGGGAGAGGGAUAUCGGUGAGCUGGCGAAAGAAAGGGAUGACGCGAGGGAGAGACUUAAUGAAAUUGGUAACGAGUACAGAAUACUCGGUAAUCAAUUGAGAAUCCAGCGAACGAAGUACGAGGCAUUGCGAUUUGCCGCAGCUGCGUUGCAUCACGAAAAUAACGAUCGUAAGAGUCUUAACUUAAAUAAGAUCGAUAUGCUGUAUCCGUUCGCAAUGGACGAGCGCGGAUUCGCGGAUGCUCGUAACAAGGUUAAAUACAGGCAGAAUUAUUCGGAUGCCAUGCGUACAAGCAUAAGGGUUGAAAUUGACGAGCAGAGGCACGGAGAAACAGAACUCAAAGUAAAAUCUGAUACAUACACGGGUCACGAUGACAAAGUAAAGAUCAAAGACAAUCCCAAUGGUGAACUAAAGAGGCUGGGAACGGAGAAUAAGGCUUUGAAAUUGGAACGGGCAAAUUUGAGAUCCGAAAACCCCGAGAUUACGAUGGAACUAGCCCGCACAAAAGACGAAUUCGAGGGUACGCUAGUGUGGACGAAAGAAUCUAACGACGAAGAAAUUAUUGGUUCCAUCUUGAGAAAAUUUGACAUCGUAAAUAUCUUGUAUAGAAAAGAGAUAAGCAAUUAUUUCGAUGAUUCGAAAAUGUUCGACGACAAAGAGAGGUCCACCAUCGCUAUCGAUCAGCUCGAAGUCGAGAAUAGAGCGCUGAAGAUGAAGGUAGAUAUUCUGCGAGAUAGUCUCAACUUCAGCCUGAUGAACAGCGAGAAAACGAAGACCGACUUUAGCAGAGCGACGGAGGAGAUUCAGGCUUUGAAACUCGAGCUGAUGAAUCUAAGGGACGAGAAAGCGACGUUGAGGUCACGGCUCGAGAUGUUUAAGAAAGAAUUAAACGCAUUAAAAUCCGAGAAGAUGGCUUUAAAGGAUGAGCUCGCUGCUUCGAGAAAGUCGAACUUCGAUCUAAGACUCAGAGUGAACGGCUUAUUAAGUGUUAACGAAAAAUUAAAGGAGACAAAUGUGGAAUUACAAGGUCGUCUGCGAGACAGAUUGAGAGAAAUAAAUGAACAUGCCGCAGUAGCAUCGGAGAAAAGCUCAAAAUGUAAUUUUGAAAGUAUAUUAAAUGAAGAUCUAAAAAAGUAUAACUUUCCGAAAAAAAAUUUACGUACAAUCAAUCGAGAGAAGAGGGAAAGAUUCGACUGUGCUUUUUCCAACAAUCCGGGACUACGAUCAAUCGAAGAAAAUCUACAACAUAUAGAAGGACAAAAGUUUCACGUAAACGGCAGUUCUUCUAAAAUUCAUAAAGAUAACUCGUGUUCUCUUAGCGAGCACCAAAGAAUCAUUUUAAGAGCGACUGACAAAACCUCCUGA